GUUUUCCCUAUAGUCUUAACAAUGAACACUUUAGUGAGGAUGGUUAUGAUGUUUCUUUUUCUCAUUUUAGUAACCCAUGUGUCAGAAGCAUACAAUAAUUGCCCUAAAUGUGGCAGCAUUGAUGUUCCAUACCCUCUUAGCACUGAUGACAACUGUGGAGACCUUAGGUAUAAAGUCUAUUGCAACAAUGGCAUUCUUGAGUUCUUGUCAGCUAGAGGGUUUUACUACAAGAUCCUCAGUAUUAAUCCAAGUGCUUAUAAGCUCAUUAUAAGCCCACCCCCAAUACAGAAAGACACAUGCUAUUCUUCUGAUCUCAGUUCAGGAGGGUUAAAGCUUGAUGAGAACUUGCCCUUCAACAUAUCAACUCAUAACACUGUCAUGUUGUUUAAUUGCUCUGAACGCAUUAUUCGAUCGCCUCUGAAUUGUUCUUCAAUCAGCUUUUGUAGGCAGUUUGAGAACAAUGUGGAGGAGGGACUUGGGUGUAAGAAUACCCUUUGCUGCCAUUACUUGAAAGAUUCUGCCAUGACUUCACAUAUGAUUAGGCUCAGGGUUGGAGGGUGCACUGCUUAUACUUCAAUGGUGGAUAUGAAGCUUGGAUCUUCUUUUGAUUCAUGGACCUACGGUAUUGAGCUGCAAUGGGUGCCCCCCAAUUGAUUUUGGCUAUAAGGCCUCGAAAAGUAUGUUGUGCAUCUGACAUAUAUAUUAUCUCUCUUUUAAAUAUGUGAGGUAUUUACCACAUAAAACUCACAUAUUAUAAGAAAGAUUAUGUAUAUAUUGAAUGCAUGAAAUAAUUAUUUGAUAGGCAACAUGCAUAGUUAGAAGUAUCAAAUAAAGUUGUUGGUAUUUUAAUUCUAUGCUUUUAUUGUCAUAGUAUUUAGUGGACCAGUGUUUUCUAGUUGGAUUUUGUGCUUCAUGAUUGGUCACAAGCCACAUUAAAGAGGGAAAUAGGGGAGCCAAAUACUUAGUAUUGCGUUGGCUUUCGCAAUUAUGUAGUGUUUGAUGUGUUAGCUAUUGUGUCUCAAUCACGUGGAUUUGUUGCUUCUUCCCACUUGCUCUAUAUAGUCUAGUAUGGGUCUUCUUGUUUGGCUUUUCUUAAUGUUGGUAGUCAAAUAAAUUACUAUUUCAUUCAUAACUUGUGUACUUUUUAAUUAUAUUAUCACAGUGUGCAUUAGAUGA